AUGUACGAGAUCCUCACCAUCCCGUUUUGUCUUGUGCCUGUCUCUCCAGCCUCCCCUAGGGAACCCACGGUGAUGUGUCGCUCCAACACCUACCCUAAAGGCUUCUACUGUAGCUGGCACCUGCAGCACCCCACCUCCAUACCCACAGACUUCCACGUCAACGUCCAACACAACCAGGAAUCCCUAGAAGUAACGAGGGAUACGGUCCAUAAGAACCGCUGUCACGUUAAGUUCCCUGAGGUGUUCAGUAGCUACCCCUACAGAGUCAACGUCACGGCCGUCAACGCCCUCGGACAAGCCUCCACCACCAUCACCUUCGAAGAGUUCAACAUAGUGAAACCAGACCCCCCUGAAAAGGUGGUGGCCACUCCCAUCCCCAACAACGUGCGUCGUCUGGAAGUCACCUGGAAGAGCCCUUCUACCUGGCCUGAUGUAGAGAGCUUCCCCCUGAAGUACUUCCUACGCUACCGACCCCUCAUCAGAGACCAGUGGCAACACGUGGAGUUGUCAGACAGUACGUUCCACACCAUAACCGAUGCGUAUAUAGGGAAGGAGUACAUCAUCCAGGUGGCGGCUAAGGACACAGAGAUCGGCACCUGGAGUGACUGGAGCGUCGCGGUGCACGCCACCCCCUGGAUAGACGAACCCAAACUGAUCCCCUCCACCACCGAGCAAGAACCCCUCCUCGAGACCACCCCCUCCCCGGCCCCUCCCUCAGCAGAGCCCCAUAGGGCAGGUGUCCCAGUGGGCGGAGCUUCCUCGUCCCUACACCUCCUCUCACCUCUCCUCUGGUCCUCCUGUCUGCUGCAAGGGGCCCUAACGCUGGCCCUCAUGUGAUGUAACUGUUUAUUCCUGUGGAAGAAAUUGAGGAGUCUUCUAUGUCUAUUUUGCAUAUGUUAAUGGGAAUCCUGCAUUGAUCAUUUAAUUCAAGUUUCACACAACGGUAAGUAGAAAGUUAAAAGUCAAAGUUAAAAAGAAAAAUGAUUCAAUAGAAGAAGAAAAAAACGACUCCCAACAACAACAGGCACUAACAGCAGAACUACAGUGCUGCACAGAUGCAGACAUCAUUGAUUGGACAACACAGAAACAGGACUGUGUCUCCAUGGAGCUCCAGGCUUGUUAGUGGUUCUCAGACUGAUAGGAUUUCGCCUCAGCAGCGCAGCGGACUGAUUCCAUUCAUUAUUCUGUGAAUUUUGAGACACUUGUAAAGAUCCUAAAAUCCUCUUUCAUCAUUUGUGGUGGCAUACAGCUAACCCGUCUUGGAGAAGGUUUCCCACAAUCCUCAGCUUCCUGAAGCCUGUGCCUGUGUAGAAGGGAUGGAACCUGGAGAUUUCGUGAAUUCCAGGAAUCUGCAUCUGACAUCCGACAACCAACAUAACGUCGCAAUAUAAACAUCAACACACGACAUAAACAACAACAAAACAUAGAACUAAAACACACUUUGGAGAAAUCCCGAAUAAGUAUUCUACAGCCAUUAUUGGUUGGUUUAUCCUUCUACUGCACCCAGCGAUCAGCAAGAGAGUAGAGCUGUUAAAACACUGUGGAUUUGAGAGCAAUUCUUCCCCAUCAUCGUCAUCUGCUUGGGACUUUUCUAUUGAGGAACUAGAUCACCACGUGACUUUAAAAUGAUAAGGUUCUGUCUGCAAAAAUAUGUUUCUGAGAUAAUUGGCUUUAAUGUUCCGAAACCUUGUUGGUUUGAACUGUGUGAUUAGUUUUAACUUGUAGUCUUUACCAACAUAUUUACAAUACUAUAUAGGUUGACAUUGUACAUAAAUAUUUCAAUAACUCCGUUUUCACAAAAAUGUAGAUAGAACCUUUUAAUUCCAAGCUCAUUCCUCUGGCUAGUGGACUAUAUACUCUGUAUAAAGACGGCAGUUUACUUUAUAGUUCCAUUGCCUUUUCUAAAUGUGUUUUUGUGGUUUACAUUUUAAUAGCCAAUAUCACAACUUCAUAUUAUUACAAGGAAUACUGUUGUGCUUUAUUACAUGUUUAUUAUUGAAGAUUAAAAUACACACAUAGGAUCUACACACGGGCUCCCGAGUGGCGCAGCGGUCUAAGGCACUGCAUCUCAGUGCUUGAGGCGUCACUACAGACCCCCUGGUACGA